AUGGAAGUCCAUUCCUCUGAAGAUGAUACGAUCGAGGGACAUAACAGCACUGUGUUCCUCGUUGUGAACAAGGGUUGGAUUCGCAGAAUUUUCUUCAUCGAAGGGGAGACGCAAGACAAAGGAUUCUUCAUAUGGAACUCCGCGAAGCUUCUCUCCAACGCCUCCUCACAUUCUGCUUGUGACUCUAUUACUGAUGGUGUUUAG